AUGGCAAAUGUCCUUGUUCCUCGCAAACAAAGACAUGCCAAUGUAAACCAAACUGUGAAUGUGGUGCUCGGUGUACAUGUCGUACCCUUUUUCGCUAACUAUGGUUUCCACCCAAGGUUGCCUGGUUUUACCAACCCCAUACUUGACCACUCGCAGAAUAAUGAAGAGCAGCAAACCCCUAGUACCUCACAAUCCAACUUAGACUAUCACUUGCAAGCACUACAAAAUAUUAUGGUUUCAAUACAAACAAAUAUGGUUGAUGCUCAAGACCGCCAAUCUAUUCACUUUAAUGAACACCAUCGGGUUACAAACUUCAAGGUUGGCGACCCAGUACUGGUUCAUAAGGAUGCCUACAACAAUAAACCUUUUACCAAAUUCCACCACUUGUGGUAUGGUCCCUUCAAGAUUAUUGAAACAUUGGGUGACCAAACCUACAGACUAAACUCUCAGCUUGGUAAUCGUCGUACCAACACCUUCCACGUUCGAAGACUCAAGUUGUAUAACCACCGUCAAGAUAAUGCCUAUAAUGUUCCACAUACUGACUAUAAAAGUAAAUUACAUCUCAUCGAACGUGUUGUUCGUAUAUUCCGUAAUAGUACGUGUGAAGUCCAAUGGUCAAAUGCCGAAACAUGGGAUACUAGCAUCAUUCCACUCCACAUCAUUUUCAACUCUGAAUACCGUCACCUACUCGAUCCAUAUUAUAAUCCAUCCACACAAGAAAUUACCGUCACAUCCUCUUAA